AUGACGAUCUGGGACAGCCUUACAGGCCGCAAAUCAUCCUCGCAGCCUACCGCACCCACACCCGAGCCCCACGACAACUUCACACCCGCACCUUUUGAUCCUUCUACCGCCGUCCAAAGCACAUCAGACUUUUUGCAAAUCGAUCCAGCAGCGCUCCAUCCCCUCGCAGGACUCAACCAGGACACUCUCGAUUAUCUUACGCUCGAGGAUACUCCCCUCGACCUCGGUUCGCACUCCGCACUUCCCUCCCGCGGCUGGUCCGAUGAUCUCUGCUAUGGCACUGGAGUAUCAUACCUUUCUGCCCUCACAGUAGGUGGUGCGUGGGGUCUUGCAGAGGGUCUACAGAAGAAUCCCGCCUCGAUGCCCCCGAGGUUACGUCUCAACGGAGUUCUCAACGCGAUAACAAGGCGAGGGCCAUUUUUGGGUAACUCGGCGGGCGUGGUCGCUAUGGUGUACAAUGGCAUCAACAGCUCCAUUGGUGCUAUGAGGGGAAAGCACGAUAUCACGAACAGCGUUGUGGCGGGUGCUCUUAGUGGCGCAAUCUUCAAGAGCACAAGAGGCGUGAGGCCGAUGAUGAUCAGUUCGGGUAUUGUGGCGAGCGUUGCCGGCACAUGGGGUAUAUUCCGCAAGGUCUACUUUGACAACGAGUAA